GUGGCUUGGGAACCCCACCUAAGCUCAGGCAGCAACAUUUUGAACGGUUCAAGAGAAGAAAAAGAGUAGAGAAUCUCUGAGAGUGAUGCUGUUGAGGACGCCACUGAAUAGUAGCAUUGACAUUCAGCACAACUCUGGGCUGCAGAGCUUCUCCAUCUUUGGGAGAACCUGCAGCGAUUCUCAGCUUCUAGAGCUCUUGGUAUCUCAAUAGACACACCUGAAUUCCCAGAGCACACCCUCCGGCUUUGCCUCCCACGUCCUCCUCACUCUAGGCUCAUGCAUCCCGAGCAUCCCCGCCCUGAAAAUAGUGGGUUUUGGUGGGGGUUCCCCGGGCUCAGAACAUGUCAAAGCUCCCAUCCAUCAUGGGCAAACAAUGGAGCUCUCUCCCCAUCAUGACUGGCCUCUCUCUUUUUUUUUUUUUGGUGGUGGUGAAUCGCGAGAUGCCGAGAGGAAGAGAGUCCAUAAUAAAAAGUGUUCCACGAGCUUAUUUUUGGGAGGAGGCUCCACAUCGUCUGAUGGUCGAUUCAAUUGUUUAGAUCAUAGAUAUAUAUGAGUGAGGUCUCUUCUCUUGUCCUCAGAGACCAACGUCAUCUGUUUAUUCAUGUUUAUGAAUUGAGUUACGAAGCAUUACAGUCCAUCUCGAGCUAAGACUGAGUGAUCCGAUCCAUAACUGGCUACACACCCUCAGCUACUCAAAGUUCCAGGCUUUUAUUGCUUUUCGCGGGGUGACACCUCCGCCUCAGACGACGCCUCCUUUCUCGGCCUUGUGCUUCUGCCUCACACCUCUUCGAAUCUUUCUUCCCCUCUCUCGCUCACUCAUCGUCUUCCCCAUUUGGGAAUCUUGCUUUACCCGGCCCAAGCCUUGUAGCUUAUUCAUCGGACAAAAUAAACGUUGUCUCACUCUGAUCCUGAAAUAAAACUAUGUAUAGCAACCAUAAGCCCAUCAAAGUCAUGGAACCUCCUCAAGUUUUGGAUCACUACAUCGGUGUCGAUGUCGGUACUGGCUCUGCUCGUGCUUGUAUCAUUGACGAAACUGGUGAUAUCAAGGCUCUGGCCUCUGAGAACAUCAAGCUAUGGCAGCCUGAGACUGGCUACUACGAACAAUCCACCACAGACAUCUGGCAAUGCAUCUGCGAAUGUGUCCGCCGCGUCGUCAGCGAGUCCACAGUCAACCCCUCGAGCAUCAAGGGCAUUGGCUUUGAUGCUACCUGCUCUCUUGCCGUCUUCACCCACGACACCGACGAGCCGCUCCCCGUCACCGGCCCAGACUUCACAAAUGAUGGCAAUGACCGCAACGUCAUCCUGUGGCUCGAUCACAGACCUGUCGAAGAGACCGAGAAGAUCAACAACACUAAGCACAAGCUUCUCAAAUAUGUUGGUGGAAAAAUGAGCAUUGAGAUGGAGAUGCCAAAGGUGCUCUGGCUCAAGAACCACAUGCCGCCUGAGCUGUUCGCACGUGCCAAGUUCUAUGAUCUUGCUGAUGCUCUCACCCACUUGGCUACUGGCAACGAGACCCGUAGCUACUGCAGCGUUGUCUGCAAGCAGGGCUUCGUCCCAGUGGGUGUCGAUGGUAGCGUCAAGGGUUGGCAAGAAGACUUCUACCAUGAGAUUGGUCUUGACGAUCUUACCAAGGACGACUUCAAGCAGAUGGGUGGUGUCAACGGGGUGAACGGAACCUAUGUCAGCGCUGGCGAGCCUGUAGGCACUCUGAGUCGACUAGCCGCGAACCAACUCGGUCUUCCCAUGGGCAUCCCUGUGGGCAGCGGUGUCAUUGACGCAUAUGCAGGUUGGAUCGGAACUGUGGGCGCUAAGGUCGAUCUUGGAGACGACGAGCUCAACGCUGCUGUACCCCACAAUGACCUUGCCCAAGCCUUCACUCGCUUGGCUGCUGUUGCAGGAACUUCCACAUGCCACUUGGCUCUGUCCAAGGAACCUGUCUUUGUACCUGGUGUCUGGGGUCCUUACCGCGAUGUCCUCCUGCCCGAGUUUUGGAUGGCUGAAGGUGGUCAGUCCGCGACUGGAGAGCUUCUGCGACAUAUGCUCGAUAUCCAUCCCGCUUACAAUGAGACGUGCGCCCUUGCCAAGGCUGAAGACAAGCACAUCUAUGACUUCCUCAACGCUCACCUUGAGUUAAUGGUUGAGAAGCAUAAUGCUCCCUCGAUUUCAUACCUUGGCCGUCACCACUUCUUCUACGGUGACCUUUGGGGUAAUCGCUCACCAAUCGCUGAUCCCAACAUGAAAGGCAGCAUGAUUGGACUGGACAGCGACAAGAGCACCGACAACAUGGCCCUUUGGUACUAUGCCACCAUGGAAUUCAUCGCAUUGCAGACCCGCCAAAUCAUCGAGCAGAUGAACAAUGCCGGCCACGAGAUCUCCUCCAUCUUCAUGUCAGGCUCCCAGUGCCAGAACCCCGUUCUCAUGAACCUUCUAGCAACCGCCUGCGGCAUGCCUGUCCUCAUCCCACGUUACGUCAAUGCUGCUGUCGUUCACGGUGCUGCCAUGCUCGGCGCCAAGGCAGCAAGCCAUGCCAAGGAGGGCAGUGAGCCUGAGUCUCUCUGGAGCAUCAUGGAUCGCAUGAGCAAGCGAGGUCGACUGGUCGAUCCCAGCACCAACGAGGAUGAGAAGGCUCUUCUUGAUGCCAAGUAUGAAAUCUUCCUGGACAUGUGCAAGACACAGCAAGAAUACCGCAGCAAGAUUGACAAGGUGGCUUCCAAGAAGGCACGUGUCAAUGGUGCUCCUAAUGGUGCUUAGGAGUUGAGCUUGUGUAUUGGAUGACGAUAUGAAGUUGAAGAGCGCUGGAUUUGGGCAAUUGGCGUCGGAAUUUGGUAUAAAGGCCAGUAAUUUAAUGAUCAUACGUACGUAGAUACGAAGGCGUAUCCCUGAAAAGGGUGAAUGAAAAUAGAAUAAUUGAUUUCUUUCUUUGUUAAUUACAAUGCUUUAUGUUGGUGUAUCACAAA